AUGUCUUCAUCCAACACCACCAUGGUUAAGAAGUUGACCUUUGCUCAGAUGAAAUCGCUUUGUGCUGCCUACGCCGGCCACCUCCAGAAACACCACCAGGACAUCGCGAAAGUCAUGACUGCUUACCAAAGUCAUGCAGUGACCGCCGUCAAAAUCGAACGAAGCGUGGAGUGUCUAACAUCUCUCGACGAGAUUAAGCAGUAUCUAACCAAACGCACCAAGCGCGUUUGUACGUUCUUCCCCCUAAACCUCCCUGUCUACUCCUUGGUCCUCUUCGCUAUGAUCCCAUCACUAACUGCGGACGAGGUGUUCCUGCGGCCUCCUCAGACGAUGAUUCCUGUCUUCAACCAGCUUCUGGCUAGCUUGAGUCUGCCAAAGUCGUUUCCCAACAUUCACGUCGCCUUCUCUGACCGCGAAACAUUCGUCCGGGAAUGUGUUGCGGAUGCGGACGUUACUAUCUUUACAGGUAAGAAGACUAACGCGCGUCACGUCCUUCAGACAACUAAAAAAGACAGCCUCUUCUUGUUCAACGGCUGGGGCUGCAAUCCAAUUGUCGUUGCGGCGGAUGCUAACAUCGAGCUCGCAGCCGAAAGGGCAGCCGAGGCCAAGCUCUUCAACUCGGGCCAGGACUGCGCUGGUCCGGAUAACAUCCUCGUGCACAGAGAUGUAGCAGACCAAUUUCUCACCCAUCUGAAGCAAAUAGUAGAUGAUGCCAAAGUCGGCGACUACUCCGACCCAGACGUUCUUGUCGGCAGGAUCGCGGAAGAGUCGGCCCUCGUCCGACUAGCUUCCUUCCUUCUCAAGCAUCGAGCUGAGACCAUUUAUGGCGGUGUGAUCGACUUCCCCAAAGCCAUCGUCCAUCCAACCAUGAUUGUCGCGCCGCUCUCACAGCAGACCAAUUACGAGGAGUUCUUCAGCCCUAUCUUCUACAUCAACAUCUACGACGAUGACUCGCAGCUGGCGAAGUACUUCGACGACCCUCGCUACAAGGCCAACGACAUGUACGUCUCACUGUUCGGCACAUCUGCUUAUGUCAGCACUUUGAAGCGCUCGAUCGUCCACAAAGAGCAGACAAUCCUCGACGUCGAGCGUGGAAACAGUGCUUACGGCGGGUACUCCUUCGGCGCAUCCUUUGUUGCAACGAACGGCAAAAUCGAAGCUCGACCGAUCCUCGUGCCAAAGGAGAUGUUCCAGUUCCUUGAGGCAAAAGCUUUCAAGUCGGCCGUGUCUGCUCCCCGCAAAAUUGCUGCGGCCGAGCAGAAGCGCAUAUGCCAGGACAUCGCCACAACCGUCGAGCGUGAGUUCAGCGACAACCUCGUCUUCGGCUUCGUUUUUGGCAGCGUGGCUAAAGGCUUGGCAACCUCCAACAGCGACAUCGACACCAUGGUCGUCGUCAAAGUGGACAAACCAGCCCAGCGCCAGUCCUACCUCGCGUUCAUGGAAAGCUACCACAAGAAACACGACCUCUCCUACGACCCCGUCUAUCCAGUCGAGCUCAUCACCCUAGACGAGCUCAACCAGUCCCUUGCCACACUCGACUCCAUCACCAUGGAUCUUGACCACAUCUCCAAGGACGACUGGGACGCCAGCUUCUGGACUGCCGUUUUCUGCGGCAUGAAGCGCGGCAUCGUUGGCAACGAAAAGUUCAUGUACCAACUCGCCAGAUCCGUGGGUAAGUAUCCCGAGAUUUGGAAGCAGCAGAUGAUUGACCAGCUCGAGCAUCGCGUGGAGAACCUUGACAAUGAUGAGGUCGCUGCUGCUAUGAAUGCUAUCCGCAAGAUGAGCUUUGACGACGUGCAGAAACUCUUCACGAAGCAGAAUUACGAGAGUGACCAGCAUCGAAUGAAGGACUUCCAGGAGAAGUUUGGUUCCGCUGCGGAGGCUUUGCUAGGAGGUGAGUCGUAG